AUGACGUCUGCAAAACUAUUCACAGCACUCCAAGAACAAAGGAAUAUUCGUUUCAUAACCGAGGAAUUACCUGCAAUUGGUGAUUGCGUUACGACUGAACUGGCCACUUAUAAGCUGUUGAAGCUGAUUGGUAAAGGUGGUUUUGGUGUCGUCUUCGAGAGUACUAACGCAAAAAAUGUGACAUUUGCUGUGAUAACACGAAACUCAUUGUUCGCAUUUGGUCACGUGGUGUCUGAAUGGAUGAGUGAUGAACGUAUUCAAUGA